AUGUCAGAAGCAACGGGAAGAAGAAAAGAAAUACACGACAGUGAGAUUCAACAUUGCACGCACGAGCAUCCUUUGAUCCCUAGAGAUUUUAGUGAGGCAUAUACCCCCAACUGCCAAGGUUGCACACUUCCAACCCUCAGUCUGGGUUAUGACUGCAUCAAGGGUCGGUGUUCAUUUGCAUUUCACAUACCGUGUGCUCAAGCGUCGAGAGAAAAACUCCAGGAACACCCUUUUCAUCCAUCACAUCCUCUCACUGUUCUUACCAAGUCACCCUACCCUUAUGGUGAUAAGAUCUGGUGCGGUGGUUGUGGCAAGUCCGUGGACGGGUUUUUCUUGCACUGUGCCGAGCCUGACUGCAAAUUUGACCUACACAUUGUAUGCUCACAACUGCUGCCCGUUGUAAAACACUAUCGUCAUGAGCAUCUGCUCGUCUUCUUCGAGGAACUAAACCCCGAUACUGAGUUUCGAUCUUGUAUCACUUGUGAUGGCAAGUGUGUUACUCAAUUGUAUCGUUGCGUUCCAUGUGAUUUCAACAUCCAUUCCGGAUGUGUAAACUUACCCGAAAUUGUCAAGUAUAAAGAACACGACGACCCUCUCACUCUCAAGAACAAGUAUAUAGAUGAGGGAGUGCUUUAUGGCGACUACUACUGUGAUGCCUGCGAGAAACCACGAGACAUUGAACAUGGAGUCUACUUAUGUGCUGAUUGCGAGUAUAUUACUCAUAUUGACUGCGCACUCGCUGAGGCGGAAUACACAAUACCAGAAAUAGUGGCAACCUUCCACAGCAAAAUUGAAGAGAAAGAAGGUCAAAAGGAAGUAGAUACAUCAGCGGACCGGGAGGUAGCGGAGAUAAAACCUGCUAUAGAACCCACGACUGAAACGAACAGCUCUAGAGAAUGUCCAGAGGAAAUUAUAAAGUUACGCGACGAAAUAGAAGCAAUGACAACAGAGAUUAUGGCAGAACUGGGGGUUGUCAUGAAAAAAUUAAGAGAUCUUGAGAUCAAAUAUGCCAAAUGAGCUGUCCAAGAAACAGUUAAACCCCCUGAUGUGUGGGGGGUUUGACAUUGGACUUUACAAGCUUACUAAAUUGGAUUUUGUCUGCUAUUGUGUUUUACUGAUUUAAGGAUUGGCUUAGAAUUUUCAUGAGACAAUACCAAUAAAGCAAUGAAAGGAAGAUGAAGACA